CUAAACUAACUUCUCGUACUCCUCAGACCUUUCAAAAAGAGAAGUAAAGAGUUCAAACUUUCUGUGCUCUUUUUAAAAGCCAUCUAGUCCAUUAAUCCAUUCACAAAUCAAGAAAAUGAAGCAAAAGAUUGUGAUUAGGUUGUCAAUGAAUGAUGACAAAUCUCGCUCCAAGGCCUUGAAGACUGUUGUUGGUGUAUCAAAACAUCUUGAGUCGGCUGCUUUAAUAGGGACGGAAAAGAACCAAUUGGAGGUGGUCGGAGAAGGAAUUGAUGCGGUGGUUCUCACAAGGGCAUUAAGGAAAAACGUGGCACACGCGGAUUUGGUCAGUGUCACAGAAGACAAGAAAUCAGAGGAGAAAAAGGGUGAUACAAAGAAGAAAAAUGAGGCUCCGGUACCCCCACCAGAUGUUUGGUACAGUGUCCCUUGUUAUAACGGUCAUCACUACCCAAUUCAUGUAGUUAGGGAACCCAGCUAUGAUCCUUGCACCAUUAUGUGAUGAACUAAUCCAAUUUCCUUUGGAAAUGGAUCAAAAUUAUUAGUCCUUGGGCUAGAAAUUUCAGUUUUCUGAACCUUGUGACAAACAAAUUUUAUGGCUUGAUCCCUCGAUAUGCUUUUGGUAUAAUUGCCGUAUUUAGUUCUUAAAUGUCGUCCCUCUUGCACGAAUGGUUCUUAAAGUUUACUUUUGGCA